AUGGCCUCCAAGGCUACACUUUCGCACCUUCCGUCAUUCCCCCACUGGCUUCCAAGGAUACACCUCAACCCACUUCUGAUCAUUCCCCAUGGCUUCCAAGGAUACACCCGCCACUUCUCAUCAUUCCCCACUGGUCAAGGAUACACUCGCCACUUAUCAUCAUUUUCCCCACUGGCUUCCAAGGAUAACCCUCCCCGCCCUUCUCUACUUCAUUCCCACAAUGGGCUUCCAAGGGAUACCCCAUCGCAUCAUCCCCAUCAUUCCCCACCUGGCUUACAAGGAUACACCUCGCCACUUCCAUCAUUCCCCAUGCUUCCAAUGAUACAACCUCGCCAACUUCCCAUAUUCCCCACUGGCUUUCCAAGGACUUACACUUUUGCCACUUCUUAUUCCCAUUGGCUUCCAAGAUACACCUCGCCACUUCCCAUCAUUCCCCACUGGCUUCCAAGGAUACACCUCGCCACUGUCCCAUCAUUCCCCACUUGGCUGUUCCAGGAUCAUAACACCUUCCGGGCCCACUUCCCAUCAUUCCCCAUUGGCUUCCAAGAUACCCCAACCUUCGGGCAUUUUUUUUUCUUCUUCCCAUCCAUUCCCCCCAACUUGGCCUUCCAAGAUACCCCCACCUCGGCCCUUCUCAUCCCAAUUUCCCACCCCUGGCUUCCAAAGGAUACACCUUCGCCACUUCCCAUCUUCCCACCAUCAUGGCCCUUCAAGGAUAACCCCACCUUCCGCCACCUUACCCAUCAUUCCCCACUUGGCCUCCAAGACACCUCGCCACCUUCCUCAUUCAUUUUCCCCAUGGUUCUCAAGAUAACACUCCGCACCUUCCCAUCAUCACCAAGGCUUCCAAGGAUACACCUCGCCACCCCUUCCUCCAUUCCAAUAUUCCCCACUGGCUUCCAAAGAUUAACUCCGGCCACUCCCCAUCUUCCCCAUUGGCUUCAAAAGGAUACACCUUCGCCACUUCCCAUCCCAUUCCCCAUUGGCUUCCAGGCUUACACCCCCUUCCGCCAUCUUCCAUCAUUCCCCAUUGGCCCUUCCCCAAGGAUUACUCGGCCAAGUCUGAUCAUCCCCUUGGGGGCCUUCCAAGGAUACACCUCGCCACCCUUCAAUCAUUCCCCACUUUUGGCUUCCCCAAGGGAUACCCACCAAGGCGGCCACUUCCCUCAUUCAAUUGGUUCCAAGGAUACACCUCGCCCCACUUAG